AAAAGUAUUACGCAGAUAUCUCUAAAACCCUAUUCUCCUAAUCCUUUGAAUCUCAUCUAUCUCCCUAAAGAUUUUGGUUGUUCUUCCCUAUUCUUCUCAAUUUUAUCUUCUAAAUCACUAAUCAUCUCCAAUUAUGUUUUUUCUAUCUAAGUCCCUAAUUUUUAGUCCCAAUCCUUAAAUCCUUUUUUAUCGAUCAAGUUACAAGUAGUCGCGGGUACCGAAUAUCAGAAUCCAAGAGGCCCUAAAAGUGGGUUUCUUACACAUUUAUGAGAAAUAAUCGGUAACUUGAUCCGCCUGCAGAUCAACCCAGUUUCAACUCGUAUGAGCCAUUGAGCGGGCCGCAAGUCAGCACCCAAAAUUUCCCCACAUGCAAUAGCCUGUUGGUCUAUAUUUCAGGCCAACCCAGAUCGGUCAUCUCCCCUCUCUCGGGACAUCUAAAUCUGACAAUGGCGGCAGGAACCAGCAGGAAGAUAUAUGCCGCCUCAGCAAGGUCUCACACUAGAAGAGCUAACAAGAGUUCCGGCCUUACCCUCCCUUCAGGGUUCUUUCCUGCAGUACUGUUACUUCUGCUGGCUGGGCUAGUGGCUUGGGGUUACCAAGCAAUCCAACCACCUCCGCCCAAGAUAUGUGGUUCUUCUGACGGACCGCCAGUCACAGCAUCGAGAAUCCAGCUUCGUGAUGGAAGGCAUUUGGCUUACCAAGAACGUGGAGUGUCAAAGGACGUUGCCAAGAUUAAAGUCGUUUUUAUCCAUGGCUUCGACGUCUGUAGGUUGGAUGAUGUCAUUGCCACUUACACUUCUCCGUCUUUAAUUAUGCUUUCUGGUCAGGAACUUGUCGAGGAGCUGGGGAUCUAUUUCGUGUCGUACGACAGACCUGGUUAUGGGGAGAGUGAUCCCCAUCCAUCAAGAACAGUGAAGAGCCAGGCGUUGGACAUAGAAGAGCUUGCUGAUCAAUUGGGACUGGGGACUAAAUUCUACUUAAUCGGUUAUUCGCUUGGCGGACAGAUAGGAUGGGGCUGCCUGAAGUACAUUCCUCACAGGCUUGCAGGGGUGACAUUGUUGACCCCAGCGAGUAACUACUGGUGGCCUGGUUUUCCUUCCAACUUAUCCACUGAAGCCUUGUACAAACAACCAACUUGUGACUACUGGUCUCUUCGUGUGGCUCAUUAUGUUCCCUGGUUAACUCAUUGGUGGAAUACCCAAAACUGGUUUCCAAGUCUUGGUGCAACAAGACCUCAUGUUCUUUGUCGUGAAGAAAGAGAAGUUAUGGCGAAGCUUAUAGCUAAAGGGGCUAGUCAUAGGGAGUAUGUAAGGCCGCAAGGAAGAUACGAGUCUCUCCAUCGUGACCUGAACUUAGGAUUUGGCACGUGGGAGUUCGAUCCCGUGGAGAUGGAGAACCCUUUCACGGGCGAGGAAGUCUAUGUGCAUCUGUGGCAAGGAGACGAGGACACUCUGGUGCCUGCUACACUGCAGCGCUACAUUGCGGAGCGCCAUUCUUCUUGGAUUCGGUACCACGAGCUGACUGGUUCUGGACACUAUUUCCCCCAUGUCGAUGGGAUGGCUGACACCAUUGUGAAGACGAUGGUGAAUGGCAAGCAGUAAGCUUUCACAGGCCUGCUCUGCGCGCGAGACUUGUCGUUGAAUUGAGCCUCAGUUCUUUACCAGGCUGGUAAAUUCAAAGCAUUUGGUGACAUGUUGUUUUAGUUUCAGCUUUGGGAGCCAUAUAUUGUUGUGCAUUAUUGGUUGUUGAAAACAUUGAUUGAUCUCAGGUAGUGGGAAAAAAGGUGACAUUAUUGCCGCCAUUUCACAUGCUCUGGUGAUCAUGAUGUAGAUCCUCCUCCUAUAUAUAAUGCUCCCCACGU